AUGGCCCCCGAGUGCACGCAGGCCCCCGGCCCUGGCCGCCCGCGCCACCUGGAGCUGGUCAACUGGACCCGCUUCCCCUUCUUCUCCGACGUCAAGGGCGACCACCGGCUGGUGCUGAGCACCGUGGAGACGGUCGUGCUAGCGCUCAUCUUUGUGGUGUCGCUGCUGGGCAACGUGGGCGCCCUGGUGCUGCUGGCGCGGCGCCGGCGCCGGGGCACCGCCACCUGCUUCGUGCUCAACCUCUUCUGCGCCGACCUGCUCUUCACCAGCGCCAUCCCGCCCGUGCUGGCCGUGCGCUGGACCGAGGCCUGGCUGCUGGGACCUGCCGCCUGCCACCUGCUCUUCUACGUGAUGAGCCUGAGCGGCAGCGUCACCAUCCUCUCGCUGGCCGCCGUCAGCCUGGAGCGCGUGGUCUGCAUCGUGCGCCUGCGGCGCGGCCGGCGGGGCCCCGGGGUGCGCGCGCGGGCCGCCCUGCUCGCCGGCCUCUGGGGCUACUCGGCGCUCGCCGCGCUGCCGCUCUGCGUCUUCUUCCACGUCGUCCCGCAGCGGCUCCCGGCCGCCGGGGCCGGCGCCGAGAGGGUAAUUCCUGUGUGUACACUGGUUUGGCCCAACGUUGCAGGAGAAAUCUCUUGGGAUGUGGCUUUUAUCACCUUGAACUUCUUGGUACCGGGACUAAUCAUUGUCAUCAGUUACACCAAAAUCUUACAGAUCACGAAAGCGUCCAGGAAGAGGCUCACCAUGAGCCUGGCGUACUCAGAGAGCCACCAGAUCCGAGUGUCCCAGCAGGACUUCCGGCUCUUCCGCACGCUCUUCCUGCUCAUGGUCUCCUUCUUCAUCAUGUGGAGCCCCAUCAUCAUCACCAUCCUCCUCAUCUUGAUCCAGAACUUUAAGCAGAACUUGGUCAUCUGGCCGUCGUUCUUCUUCUGGGUGGUGGCCUUCACGUUCGCCAAUUCUGCCCUCAACCCCAUUCUCUACAACAUGUCCCUGUUCAGGAACGAAUGGAGGAAGGUCAUCUGCUGCUUCUUGUUCCCAGAAAAGGGAGACAUUUUCACAGACACAUCUGUACGGAGAAAUGAUUUAUCGAUUAUUUCCAACUAAUUCGUUUGCUUCUUCCUUAGUCCACGCUUCUCACUAUGUGGUGAGCCCCAGGAUGUUUUCCAAUGGAGCCGAUUUCCAGGA